AAGAGAGACGUGCAGCUUUCUAAAUCUCCACUCUUGUAAACACUCGUCAAGUAUUCCCUGCCAUUUACUUCUACGGCUUAAUUUAAAUCUGACUUUUCAAGGCCAUUGAUCCUGCAUAUCUUGCGGUUGUUGACGACCUGUGAACUUUUUAAAAGCCCUGCUUUACGGAUAAGUGGGUUACGUAGCGACAGAAACCAGAAGUGGAGUAGCCCUUGUUCGCUUUGAAGCUUUGAAAAAUUGUGUCUGGUUUCUCGAACUCUCUACGAGUUUGCUUUGAUCCUUCGAUAAAAACUGAAAUCAAAGAGCUGAAGUAUUCCUAAAGGCAAGAAAUUGUUAAAUUUGGAUUUGCGAGGAGAAAUUCCGAAUUCUUGAGCAGCAGGCAUAUAAUCAUUUGAUUUAAUAUUGUAAGAGAGGUCAUGACAACUUUGCAUGAGUUCAGCUUGAGACUGUCACAUGAAAUCUAGGAUAUCCAAUUGAAUCCACUGCAGUACAUUGAAUUAUGAGUUAUCAAAAGCUGCACAGGGAAUUUUGAAAGGACUUAGUUGGAAUUUGUAACAAAACCCAGAGGAGACCAGAGAAAAAUCUGUCACACAAAGCAUUGCAUGCAUGAGUGAUUUUUCCCAUUGCAUAGCAAAUAUCUGUUGAAGAGAGUUGGGGUUUCCUUGCAAGCUUGGCUGGAGGUUUUUCUUAAAGUAAAAAGCACUGAACAGUUGUCAUGUCUGAGGAAAGUGAUGAAAGAAUCUCUAGAAUUGAAGCAAGGAGAAGAAGGAGGGAACAAAGAAGAUUAAGUUUAGACACUGAUGAGGAAAACAAAUCUGUGAAUGGAGUUGAUGACUCAGGAGUUCCUGGAGGUGGUCGGUCUCGAUCAUCAACUACUGACAGUGAUAUUGAACUAACAAAGGCCUUAAGUCGGGAAGAAAAGAGGCAAGAAAGGAGGGAAAAGAAGAGACAAAGGGAAAUGGCAGAAAAAUGUAAAGAGCCAGCAAAGUCAGCUGCGGUGAUAACAGACUUCAGCAAAAGAGAAAUCAGGGAAAGAAGGCCAAGUGAUCCUGAAAUCCUGUCUGGGGGUAGUGAGAGUGUUGAUGAUACUGACAAGGAAAAUGAACAGAUAAAUGCACAGAAAUCAGGAGGUAAAAAAUCUGGUUAUGGCUCAUAUGCCUCUGCUUUGCGAAAAGGAUCACAGGGUGCUGAUGUGGACAAAAGAAAGGAACGAUAUGCUGCUGCCAUUGAGGGAUACAAUGUCAGGGAUGAUGAUGAUGAUGACAUUAUGGAUUAUUCAUCUCGUGAUCCUACAGAUCAGCAACCAGACAUCAAGUCAACUGCACCAGUAAAAAGAAUAAAAGAAGAUUACCUGACCUCAGCAUCUGGAGCUGGUAGGAAAAUAGAACAUUCUGAGGAACAACCAACCCCCCAUCAUUUGGAAAGGCAGUGGCCUCCUCCACCUUCAGAGAAUGAUGAUGAUGAUGAAAAAGAUGGAGAACCCCGGCAAGGUGUGGUGAAAACAUUUGAGGAACCUGAAGCUGUAGAAGAAGACAGAGGAGUUGAUGUAGGUCAUGUUGACUCAGUCAAGUCUUUGAAAGAACAGUGGCAGGUUAAGGAACCAUCCAAACCAUUGGGUGUUAACAAACCCUACGUCCCCUUGAAGAAAGAUGAUCUGUGGAUCACCCAUUUUAGGCCUGUCAUUGAUGAAGGGGAAGCUCCAAAGGAACCUCAAUGGUUACAGACAGUAAGGCAACGUAGAUGGAGAUCCACUGUAGCAGCACGCUUUCCUCAGGAUGAACAAGAGAAGGCAGUCUUUGAAAAUCGCUCUACAACACCAAGAAAAUUUAAGAAGCCUAAUCCUUACUCUCUCAUGCGUUCAAAGUCUGACCUUGAUGAUGAAUUUGAAAUUGCUAUGAGGCGUAGGCGUCGGAAAACUGAUGAUGAAGACUCCGUUGAUGCCAGCAAGCGUUCAUGGUCUUCUUUUGGGGAGGUAGAUAAUUCUGAUUCUGUUGCUGUGCUGAGUAAGGUUCCAAUAAAAGGCCCUUUGAAGGAGUACAAGAAAAACCUUGAAUUGGAAAGGGCACGCACAACCAUGUUAAAAUGGACAUUUUCAACAGACAUGGUUGAUGAUCCCCUUCGAUUUGACCUUCCCAAGCCCAUUGACCUAGCAACACAGGAAGAGUACGAAAAAGAGCAAGAAUGGAGGUAUAUGCAGUCACGGCGGCGAUUUGCAAGUGAAAGUGAAACUGAUGGGCUUGGAGAUUCAUCUAUGAGAUCAUCAAUGUCCUCACUGAGUGAUGGGGAACAUCUCCCCAAGUCGCCUGUUUUUAACACUCCUGGCCAGCCUCUAGAAAAAACGUCUAUUAGUUCAGGAGAGUCACCCAGUCCUGAGCCUACAGCUGAUGAGCAUGCUGGACCAGCUGACUCAGCUGAACCGGCUAGAGACUACAUGUUUAGUCAGGGUGUGUCUGAUAUUAAGAAGAAUUUGCUCACUUCAACAAAAGAAGAACCGCUAAAACCCACUAUUGCAGAUGAUAAUCUUGAAUAUGUUCCUAAACUGGCUGAUAUUAAGAAGAAAAUGCAAGAAAAAGAAGAAUCAAUACCAAAGUCUACCCCCCUCAAUGAAGAAAUCCAGAUGCUUCCAAAGAUGAAAGACAUAAAGAAUAGAUUUUUGGCCCCCAAAAAGGAGCAAGUUUUGAAAAACCCAGAGUUUGAAGAAGGGGAACAGUUUGAGAGACUGGAAAGUCUAAAGAGUCGGUUUCAAGCUAAAGAACAAAAAGAAGAGCCAAGGGCUUUGAGUAAACCUAAGUUGAAAAAGAAACUGAGUACUAGCGAUGAUAUGAAAGCAAUCAUGGCAAGCCGAAGGCAGAUGACAGAUGAGUUUGUAAGCGAGAGUCCAGACACUGCACAAGAGAUAAAGAGUUUAGCAACUGAUAUUGCCAAGACCUUUGGUUCUGAGGUUGCUGAUUCUCCAAAGCAAAAGAAAGAAAAAAGAAAGAAAGGAAAGGAAGAGAAAAAGAAAGCAGAAGUAAGUGAUAGUGGAACUGAAGAAAGUGAGACUCCAAAUUUUGGUCCUUGUGGAAAGCCAGAAGGUUGUGGAACAGAUGAUGAGCUUGAAAAACGCUCGAGCAAGGAGCUGGAAAUUUUGCCAACACUUGGAAAUGAACUGAAUGAGGAACCAGAGCCCAUUUACAACAAAGGCAAAGUUCCUCUAGCUGAGUAUGGUCCUUGUGGAAAGCCUGAAGGUUGUGGAACAGAUGAUGAACUUGAAAAACGCUUUAGCAAGGAGCUGGAUAUUUUGCCAACACUUGGAAAUGAACUGAACGAGGAACCAGAGCCAAUCUACAACAAAGACAAAGUUCUUCCAGCUGAGUCCACCUCCUUGGAAAGUGCUCCACAAAGAGAUUCAUUCACUGAUGACGAUCAAAUCGAGCAUUACAGUACAACAAGUGAUGACGAUAAGAUCAAGAAGCAAGAAUCACUAGACACAGUGGAAACCUCAGCCAAAGAGAGUGAAACUGAGAGUGAAGCAGAAAUGCACUUCAAGAAAGAAGACAAAGAUACUGUUGAAGAUGUUGAUGAAGACUUCUUGAGCUCAGAGAGUGAAAAUGAUAAGGAUGAGGAAGAUGGGCCAAGUGAAGCAGAAAUUGAUGGGAACUUGACAUCUCGCUCAUCAACUGAUAGACCCUUGUCAUACACAAUGGAAGAUAACAUUAAGAAAAGACUGAUUAAGGAGGAUGAUGAGAGGCCAAAGUCAUUUGCCUUUGGUGAAGGAGAAAGUACAGAGGAUCCAUGCAUCACAUCCAACUUGAAGGCCUUCUCUGACCAAAGAAGGAGAAUCAAGCCAACCAGACGGCAUGCGGCCAGUAGUAACCCUGUGCGUCAGCGACAAAACAGAGAUGACCUAAGAACUACUACAGAUAUUCUUAAGAUCCAAGAGGUGGAGAAGCCAUCAAUGGUAAACAAGAAAAAAAAACAGAAAGGUUUCACUGAUGAAGCAAUUGCUGGUUUGUCGAGCACAGAAGAUCUGGCUUCUGCAAGCACUGCACUGAGAAAGACAGCCAAAGAUGCUUCAGGAGUUAGCAAGGAGAUCAAAGAUUUUGGAGGAUUUUUACCUGUCAUGCUGUUACAAAUUAAAGGUUCAAGGCAUAUUCAGACAAGAUUGGUUGAGCCUUCAGUCAAAUCACUUAAUUCUGGAGACGUGUUUGUAUUGGUGACUGCAAAGGAUAUCCAUUUAUGGAAUGGGAAGGAUGCCAGCAUAAUGAAGAAGGCUAAGGGAAUGGAAGUUUCCACUAUCAUAGUAAAGCAGAAAGACUUGGGUUGUAAUGCUACAAAAGUUCAUAUCAUGGAUCAAGGUCUUGAGAUAAAUGAUGCUGGAACAAAGCUCUUCUGGAAGACUUUGGGAGGCAAAGAUGAUGUCCCAGAUGCGGCAGAUCUUCCUUCCGAUGAAGUACAUGAGAGAAGUUUGAUAAAGACCAACUUGAUUUACAGAGUCAGUUGUACGUCGGAUCCUCCGGAACUGGUACUUCGUGAUGACCUGUCAGGACGUGUCCUCAGUGCAGACUUGAUGGAUAAUUCGCAGGCGUACGUGGUUGACUUUGGUUCAGAAGUGUACCUGUGGCUCGGUAGAAACUGUGACGCUUUGGCGCGAGCAAAGGGCGUGGCCUUGGCACAAGAGAUCUUUAAUAAAUCAUUCAAGUUCAGGAGUAGCCUCAGUCCGUUAGACCCUAAAACGCUCUUAGAUGAUCCGCCCAAGACAACUGAAGUAACUCGCCCAUCCUGGGCUUUGUUUGGGCGCAUGACAGCUCGUUCAGAGACUGUGCUCUUUAGGGAAAAGUUCGUUGAUUGGCCAGAUCAUAACGUCGAUUACACACAGGAUUUUGUUAAACAGCCCAUAAGUGGAAGCUUCACUGAUCUGUCUGAGAAGGCUUAUUCUGAUCAUGAAGAGAGCCGGGAUGUAAGAACACGAAGCAGAAAGAAGCGACCCAACAGCAUAUUCGAGAUGCAGCCUUGUGAACCUGCACACUUGAUUGAGCUUCCUCCUGAGCCAAGCUUGAUUCUAGAGGGUUUUGACGUGGGGCGUGGCACAGGUACCGUCGAUGAAGAGGGGCGGCAGUUUAUUGUUUCUUCAAUUUCAUUGAAAAUCUGGCAUGUUAAGGAAUAUUCUUAUCAACUGCUCCCUGAAGAGGAACAUGGCCAUUUUUUCUCAUCAGAAGGUUACGUGGUGAGGUGGAAGUACUGUGUGAAGUUGACAGGCGUUAAGACACUGAAGGGGAAGCAGUCUCGCUAUGAGGAUGUUGGUCGGGAUAAGGUGGCGUACUUCUUCUGGCAAGGAAAAGACAGUUCACUGAAUGAGAAAGGAACUGCCGCUCUUAUGACUGUCGAGCUUGACUCCGACAAAGGGCCUCAGGUUUUGGUCGCGCAAGGAAAGGAACCUCCUUGUUUCACGAGAUUGUUCGAAGGAAAGAUGGUUGUUCACUUAGGAAAGAAAGAUUCUCUAGAGGAGACAGAUGAUGGCGCGCUUUUCAUCGUGCGAAAUGAAGAACCCGAAGAAUCUUAUUUAUUACAAAUACCAGCAAGUUCCUCAUGCCUGAGAUCGCGUACGUCAUUUAUUGUAGCGGACAACAAGAAAUCAAUCGUACAUGCCUGGCACGGCUGUCAAUCCCCUGCAGGCACGAAGCAAGUGGCUGUAAGCGCCGCAAAGAGACUAAAGAAAUGGUUCAACAAGCAAUAUUCCAAGGAGUUUAAAGCGAAAGAAGUUUCCGAAGGGGAGGAGAGCAAAGAUUUUUGGAAUGUUCUCGGUGGAAAGACAGGCUUUGUUUCGCUUCUUGAAGAUUCGAAGAAACAUGACUAUACGAUGCGUGUUUUCCACCUGAAGAGCUCCAGUGGCUCGUUUGAGGCUAUUGAAGUGUUAAACCAAGCUAGAUCUGAUCAUAUCACACCUUAUCCGAUUCUUCAAUCACAACUGUACUCAGCAGAUCAACCAGCCUUGUUUAUGGUAGACGCAGUGCAUGUCAUUUACCUUUGGCACGGCUGGUGGCCGAGUGGAGACGAUUCCGAGUCCAGAGCUUCAACAACAGGCUCCGCGGAAACGCGAUGGAGCAACGACAAACGGCUGUCGAUGGAAACCAUCAAGUCAUACGCAACAGAACUAAAGCGCGACUUCUCUCAAGUAUUCAUUGUGUUUGCUGGUCUGGAACCAAAAUCGUUCAAACUGCUUUUCCCAUUCUGGGAGGAAAGACCCGACGUGGCCAAAAUAAACAUAGCGGAUGGUAAAGCUGACGGCGAUACGGUAAAAGUAGAAACAGAACUUACCAAACUCUCAAGGCAGGAGUACAGUUUAGAAGAACUGAAACAAAAACCGCCCCCUGAAGGGGUUGAUCCGUCAAGACUUGAGACAUAUCUGAGUGCAGACGACUUUCAGAAAGCUUUUAACAUGACCAAAAGCGCUUUUGAUGCUCUGCCAAUGUGGAAGAAGACAAAUCUCAGAAAGAAAGCUGGACUUUUUUAACUUCUCUCCACUUAAAAGAUAUUUAAUUCGAUUAGUUAAUGAGUGUGUUUAAAUGAGGGUAUUUUAUGACUACCCUUGUCGUGCUGUUACUGAAGAUUUGUCAGGGAGAUUAUUAUUAAUAGAAAGCGAGCUUAUCACAGGAAAGGUUCGCUUCCCUAAUCUCAGAAUAAUUAGCAAUUAAUAAUUUGUAUGAGACAAUCUGUAGGACUUUUCUGAAUAUACAGUGCCUGUUUUUUUUCUUCCUUAACAGUUGAAAAGUAUCAUUGUGUAGCUGUUUAAUUUUAUUUCAGAUUUGAAUUUCGUGAGGUGAAAACUUUAAGGAAACGAUCAUUUUGCAAGAAAUAUGAGAACCUUUCCUAUACGUCAACGCUUUAGUUUGAUACGUUUUUGUAAAGGUACUUAUCUCUCAAUCUUUUGCCCUGUUGACGAUGGAAAUGAUGCAUUGGUAAAAAUUCAGGCGGGAAAGGGGUGAACCGGAAGGUUGCAUCUUACACUGAUGAAAUGAACGAGGAAAGUAUUGCACUAGACUGCCCGCGCACUGGGAUUCUGAACUAUUUUGGAUUGCAACAAAUGAUCAAGGAAAAAACUUAAGCGUUUCGGGUAUGCAUUUAGAGAGGGCUUAAGUUUUCUCUGAAGAAAGCUUAGUGGUUGAUUGAAUCGUAAGUGAGUGGAACUGGAAAACCGUGAGUGUCGAAAACCGGUUUAUCAAGACUUACUCAGAGCCUUCUCUUUGCAACGCACGAACGAGUAACUAAGUCGGGUCAAAGGAACUUAUAGGAAGGGCCAUGUUAGUUGCUGGUCAUCAGGCUUUUUAUUGUUGUUGUUGCUUGUUUGUUUAUUUGUUUGAAUUGAAAAGAAACGGUUUCAUCUUAAGAUCAACACGAGCCUUCUUAUGGUAAAUCUUAAUUAAAAUUUAGCAACGGAUUCUUGUAAAAGCUUGUAUACCACUGAAAGAUGUUGCUGAGUAAAUGUAAUCAGAUUUUCAUUGGCCUCUUGGAACGUUUGCUUAAUUAAGAUGUUUGUAUGUUUACAUUUCUUAAGAUUUUCACGAAAUGAUUGAAGAAGAAGUUGAGUUUGGCCUCUUUGGGUCCUGAAGUUUUAUUAUAGCGUUAGUAGUAGCGCCUCGGUAAGGCUCCUGUCUUCUUCAAUCUAGUUAAAGUUUUGACAGUUGUUGAAAGGUAGAACCUUUUUCAGUUGUGUCAACCCAUUGAACGUUAGAUUUGUCUAGAAAGUUCCUAAAGAAAACUUAAAUCGAGAAGCCUAGAUCUGGGUUUAAGACAAUACUGUGAGGGAAUUUAAUUUAGUAGACUCAGUAAGAUUAAUUGUAGUACUUUUUCCUCUUAGAUUAGUAUUGUAAGAAAAAAACAUUUGUAAUCAGCAUGAAUUUGGUCUAAUAUUUGUUAAUCAACGUAUGUAAUGCCAUUUAAUUAACUGCACAGUUUGAUCUUAUUUAAGACUAUGCCUUUAGAUGUAUUUCAGUUCAAUUUAACACAGAAAUGUGGAAUAAUUAAAUAUGCAAUUGAUAAAGGACAGACAGAGGUCUGUUUGAUCAAGAAAAAGAGUAGGAGAGAUUUUUUGUUAUAUCUGAGAGGUCAACCAGGGCAUCGAAAAUGAACUUAAAAGUUGGAUUGUAGGUCAAAGAUUAUAAUCUUGCAAAGUCUCUCCAUAUUGAAGUUCCUCAGCUACCUGUGGACUUGAUUAUUUCGAUAAAAAAAGAUUAGAUAAUUGCGUUGCCCGUCUUUGUGUCAGUGAAAAAAGUAAUGUAGCUAGGAAGAAGUAUCUUUUUUUAGGAUAAAAAAUAAAUUGAUGUGAAGUUGAUAUUCCAAUAAAAGAACACUAAGUUUUGAAAUUAAAA